UUGCAUCAUCUAAGCAAAAAAACAAAUUAGAGUUGAUUGAAAGAUAUAACACAUUAAGGGAGAAAAUUCUGUGAAAAUUCCAAGUAUUCCUGUUACAUGGCAAGAGACACAAAAGUACACAGAGACUGCAAAUUAUUUGAGUUUUUAAGCAAGUGUGUUCAAAUUAAUUUCAUGGAUUUUCCCUUCAAUAGGCCUCUUGAACGUAACUCAAUUUCCUCCUCUUCUGUGAGAGACAUCAACAGUGAUUCUCUACCUAAAAUGUUUCUGUGGUCCAAGGCAGAACAGAAAGAUGAACCAGAAAGAAGCAUAUAUAAAAAGAUAAGGACACAAGAUAUUCUGGACAAACGAAAAACGGACACCGCCCUAAAAGAUGGAGAGAACAGAGCCAUAUUUCUGGGUGUGGCAAUGCUGGUGUGUUCCUUAUUGAUCGCCUUCCUUUUGGGAGUAAAAGUGGUCCAACACAACAAUGAAAGCGUUUGGACAGAGGUGUCAAAGUGCACCUUCCUUGAAGCAAGAAUUGCAAACUGCAGAAAAUGCAACUUCAACUGUGGGCCAGAUUGUUGGAAACCAUCACAGUAUACUUGCCUGCAGGUAUACGUUAACAUAUCCUCUUCAGGGAUGAAGGUUAUGCUACACCAAUCAGAAGAGACUGUACGCUUCAAUUCUGAGUGUUUCUGCACUUCAACUUGUAAAAGGAAUCAUGCAGAAAAUGAAAUGCUAUUGGCUUCUCUUAAAGAAAACAUCACUCAGUUCCAGUCUUUUCCAUGUUAUUAUGAUCCGAAAGGAAGACAAAGGAAUGUUCUCUUGGCAAAAUUUGACAUGUUUAAUGCUUUGUGUCAUGCAAUGCUCUGGCCUUCUUGCAUGUUUCUUGGUGGAAUUGUACUUGUCAGCCUGGUGAAGCUCACACAGUACCUGUCUCUGCUCAGCGAACAGUCCAAGUGAGAAAUUGAAAGGAAUGAAAAAACAGUUGCCAAUGUUCACCAAAGUUCCUUAAGAAUUGAUACAUAUAAUGUACCAAGCUGAAAGCAAAAAAAUCACAGGUCUUUGUUACACAGUUUCAAAAAGCUAAAAGCUAAAGGUUUAUUUAUUAAUAAAUAAACAAUGUAAAAAUCUUCAAGUACUGUACCUGCAAAAUUAAAAAAUAUCUUCAAGCUGUUACUAAUGAUUAACACAAAGUUAGCUAAGCAAAUACAAUUUAGCCCAACUAAACGAUAAUUUGUGGAUUAGAAACAAUCACAUUCGAAGGAUGACUUUAGUAAAUAAAAGCAAACAAUGAAAAUAUUUACACUAUCAUUGGUAUUUGCUGUAUCUCAGAUUAAUCCUAUCAUUAAUAUAGAUGUUUCCCAUCUUUAAAUAGCAAUUUAAAAAAAAAUUUGUAAAUAAUUUUACUUCCAUCUAGUUUUUAUACAAUAUCUAGAUAAGUUUAUUUAAAUAACUAGUGGAUUGACAAAGAUAAUAUUUUGGUAAUUGUUUUCACAAAAAAUAGAGACUGCAGUUCAAAAGGAACAUUAAGAUGUAGAUGAAUUCCAUGCGCCACAGCUAUGGUUAAAGUAUCAAAUAUGUUUUUAAGAAAGUUUUGUACUUUUGGUAUAGGUAAAUUACAAGGCAUAAAUAUAACAACUGAUGAGAUUGAUUCCAAUCAAGCAAACUAGUUUUUUUUCAGGACCAUCUGAAAACAAUGGGAAAACUAACACAAGAGAUUCUGCAGAUGCCGGAAAUCCAGAGCAAGACACACAAAAUGCUGGAGGAACUCAGCAGGUCAGGCAGCAUCUAUAGAGAGGAAUGAACUGUCAUUGUUCCAGACCAACAUGAUGACUUCAUCAGGUCCCGAUGAAAAGUCUUGGACCAAAACGUCAACGGUUUAUUCCCCUCUAUAGAUGUUGCCUGACCUGCUGAGUUCCUCCAACAUUUUGUGCACCUUGUCUUAAAAUUAAUGAAAGUUAAAAUGAAAUUUAAAUAAAACAAGAACUAAAAGUUAAGGUCAAUUAAGACUGAGUGAAUUAAAUGCCAUGUAAGGCAAGGAAAGAGAAAUCAAGUUCAAGUCCAAGUUUAUUGUCAUUCAACCAUACACAUAUAUACCGCCAAAUGAGACAAUGUUCUUCCAGACUAAGAUGCACAACAUAGUACAUAUACAUAACUUGCACACUUAACACAUAAAAUAAUAUUACCACAAAGAAAGUAACAAAUAAUAAGGUGCAUAUUGGAUACAAGUUAAAAUGUAAGCAGUAUAAUGCUUCUGGCACUUCAUAUAUGAUGAGACCUGGGUCCUGUUAAAUAUUGGAUUAAGAAUUGGGAAAAACAGGAAGGAUAGGAAAAGCAAGAAAGCAGCAUUUCAAAUUUUUAGAACUUCCAUUAAUUCAUCACCAACCUUAUAACUGUUCAUUUCCUAGGUCAGGAAGAUUAAUUGGAAGCUAUUAACCAUUAUUACUCUGCCAGAGGCAAUUAUCCUCUGAUAUUUACAAGGUAAAAUUUUCCAUGGCAACUAAUUAUCAGCUAAAGUGCAUCGUCAACACUUCAUCCACAGGACAUAAAGGUUAAACAGAAAUGGCAUUUCUGUGAAGUUAAUAGUCAAUGGUACGGUUCAUCCAACAUCUGGUGGAAUUUGUCUCAGAAAGUUGCAGGAUGAUCUGCAUGUUAGUAAUGUUUCUCAUUCUCCACAUAGCAUUCAGUAAAUUCCAUCCCACUGUUUCAACCUCCUCGUACCUAAUCAGGUUAUAAAUAAAGGUUUGGUUCAAAUAAUACUUACAAGAAUUCAUUUUUGGUGUUUAUAUUAUUUUGCAGAGCACUGACAUUGUAGCACUGUCCUUGGAAGUGACCAUAUACCAGAUAUUUGUUUUACUCUGUUGGUAUGCAUAAUGGUGGCUAAAGCAUGGUUUUAAUAUGUUCAGAUUUAUGAAUUUCCUUUCAUUUAUUUACAUACCUUUUUAUUUUAGACAGUCCAAUAAAGAGCUCGAAUGUUGGGUAACAUUGAAAGCAAAACAGCAGCCAAUUGAUUAUACCUUAGGAAUAUCUGACAUCAGAUGAAAUGUCACGGAAAGCUUAAGGGUGCCACAGUAACAUUACAGUUAGCAUGACACUAUCACAGCUUUGCGUGUCGAUGUUUCGAGUUCAAUUCCAUGUCAUCCGUAAGGAGUCUGUACAUCCUUCCUGCGGAAUGUGUGGGUUUUCUCCAGGUGCUCUGAUUUCCUCCCACAGUCAAAGUAAUAGGUAAACUGGUCAUUGUAAAUCGUCCUGUGAUUAGGUUAGGGUUAAAUCUGGGGUUGCUGGGCAGUGUGACUCAAAGUGCCAGAAGGGCCUACUUUACACUGUAUCUCAAUAAAUAAAUAAAGUUUCUAAAUUAUAAUUGAAAUGCUCUUUGUCAGUUUGCACAAUUUUAGAAUUAGAGUUAAGUUUGAAGUAGGAAUCAAUAUGAUUUUCUACUGUUAAUAAAGAUUCAUUUU